GGAGAAGAGAAUUACCGCGAAUGGUCAAUUGCCAUGCGAAAUGCGUUUCGGGCCAAGUGGAAGCUUGGUUUUCUUGAUGGCUCCAUCACCAUACCAGAAGAUAAAGCUGGGAUAGAGGAUUGGUACACAGUGAACUCGAUGGCGGUGGGAUGGCUUAUGUCAUCGAUUGAACCCAACCUUCGUCAUACCAUUGCAUACUUGGACACAGUCCAAGAUUUGUGGAAGGAUCUGCAGACUCGCUUUGAAGCGGGAGACGACAUGAGGUUUCACGAAUUGAAACAGGCUCUCCAAGAGUGUAAACAAGGUGGCGAUAACGUCACAAUGUAUUUCGGAAGGCUGAAAACCAUAUGGGACGACUAUGACGGGUAUAGAAAAAUCCCAAAGUGUACCUGCGGAGGAUGCAAGUGUAACCUAGAAAAACAAUUUCUGGAAAGUGUUGAGAAGGAAAAGAUUCAUGAGUUUCUUCUGGGGCUGGAUGGUAGAGUUUAUGGGACACUGCGUUCCAACCUUCUGAGUACGACUGAACUCCCAACACUUAAUAAAGUGUAUAACAUCAUUCUCCAAGAAGAGAGGCUUCAAAAGGUUACUCGAGGACAAGCAGAUGUACAAGAAGCAGCGGCCUUUGCAAUGCGAACGGGCGGCAAGUGGCAGUCAACUCCGGCGAAGGACAAGAGUAAGCUAAUGUGCUCGUAUUGCAAGAAGGGGGGACAUGAACGAGAUAGCUACUUCAAACUCACGGGUCAGUAUCCGGAGUGGUGGAAAGGAAACAAAGGCGGAAAUGGAAAAGAAAAAAUUGGGUCGUUGACAAAGGAGGGUGGACGUCGCACACCUGGAGUCCAGGCAAAUGCUGUUGGCACAAUUCCAGAGGGUGAAGGAAGCUCACAUCCGGAUCCCAAGGAGUUCCCAACUUUCACGGUAGACCAAUGGAACUCACUGUUGGAGUUCAUGAAAAAAUAUAAGGCAGGUGAUAACCUUGAGAAACUGUCAGGACCCCACUUUGAAGACGCUGAUUGGAGUGGGUGAACGUCAUGGGGGGGUCUAUUAUCUGUGUGGAGUGGGAUCUGUGCAGGCCUCACAUGUGACUAGCGAAGAUUCAGAAGAUUUAUGGCAUAAACGCAUGGGUCAUCCUUCACGACGGGUGAUACGAUUGCUUUCUAUGUGUCGUAAUAAUCUUGGGAAUGAUACUGUUUUUAUUAAGAAUUGUGAUAUAUGUGCUCGUGCUAAACAGACACGCGAAAUAUUUCC